AUGUCUUCGAACGGUUCGCUCUCCUCCGGUAUCGAUAUCUCCCUACCCACGAAUCGACCGAGCGAGAACGGGAAAUGGACUCCAGAGCUUGAUCAGGAGCUGCGCGCUAGAGAAGCAUCGAACGUCCAGACCAAACCCCAGAAUGCUAUUGCGCCCGAGUUCUUCCGUCACGGCAAGCGCUCACUUUCGGGCAUCGCUGUGCGUGCUUUCUGCCUAGGAUGCGCUCUGGCUUUUGGUCUGUUCGGCACUGUUGUGCUCGCAUACAACGGCAGCCAUCUAUGGCGACCGUUUUUGUUCCUCAGCACGCUCUCUCUUUUCCACUUCCUCGAAUUUUACACGACAGCCGCCUACAACACCCCGAUCGCAUACAUCGAUUCCUUUCUACUCACAAAUGGCGACCAAUACCGGCAAGCCCACGCGGUGGCCUUCGUUGAGACGCUUGUAACAUCGUAUCUUUUUCCCGGUUAUCAAUCAACGAUCCACCCACCGUGGUUGAUCGCAUUGGGCAUAGCGAUGAUUGCGGUGGGACAAGCUGUUCGUAGUACGGCUAUGAUGCAAGCGGGCACCAACUUCAACCACCAAGUUCAGUCGCGUAAGAACGACGGACAUGAGUUGGUAACUCAUGGUGUCUAUCGCUACUUCCGUCACCCUUCAUAUUUUGGCUUCUUCUGGUGGGGCAUCGGGACACAGAUUAUGCUUGGCAAUACUGUCUGCUUCUUUGGAUUUACUGGUGUGUUAUGGUACUUCUUCAUGAAGCGAAUUACUCCAACCUCCACUUCCACCCACAGCAAUACCGACUCCAAUAAGAGCAGCAACAUUUCUAGUGCGUGCGAACCUAUACCGGCCUCAUCCUCCCUUCUGUCGCCUCCUCCAUCACCCGCGCGCAAGCAAAUCGCUCGAUCGAAGAGUUUACCUCCACUGUCUCCGUUGCCGGAAAUCAUGGAUCGUUCCAGGCACAUGAGUCCGCCCUCAACAGCACCUUCUGCUUGGGCUUCUGGAGAUGCCCGUAGUAACCUCGCCGUUCAACCUGCAGCCAAUCUGGGAAGUAUCAAGCUCAAGAAGAACGCUGUCAAGAUGGUCGGCGCUGCGGGACCCAUACCUAGUAUCGCCUCGCGACCCGCAGCUCUUACCCUGCCAAUGGCAUCCUCACCUAAUGCAGGUCCAGCCAAAGUGCAGCUGAAGGUUUCCGAUGGAUUAGAAUAUGCUAGGCCCACAGUUGCGCCAAAGUCAUCUUCAGUUGAAAAGAGUACCGUCACGUCCUCCGCAACUACCACUAAAUCAGACGCAGCCGCACCACAGAAGGAGGAUACAAAUGCCACAAGCGAUGCCUUCGAAGAGUCUGCCAUGGACGCACUCUAUGCUCGCCUAAACAGCAAGACUGUCCUGACCCCCCGCAAUCCCAUCGGCAGUACCUCAGUAAGGCCUGAGCAAGCCAAGUUCGCGUUUGGUGAUCGUCUUGUAGAAUCAAAGGCAGACAACACCAAUAUCGAUGGCAUCAAGUUUGCGGUCGUGUCACAAGAAGAACUGGAGAAUGCGUAUAUGCGUAAAGCUAGCGACUACAUUCAGGCUAUACCAGACGUCAAUGGAAACACGGCAAGUCUCAUUAAGGCCAUGUCGAGGAAGUUGCGUGGCUCGUAUAUGCCAGAGGUCAAAACCGACGUCGAAAAGAACGAGAUCAUCAAGGCACGUCUAGCCUUCGCUAUUGCCAACUACAUCAACAAGGUAUUGAAGAAGCGCCCAGAGCAACCUCGUACACCCGAAUCUAUCAAACAGACGCUCAAAGAUGCGAAUGGUGAUUUCCUCAGACUUUGUGCCAAGCUUGUCGAAGAAGGUCACUUAUCUAUAGAGACACUCGCUGAAGUAUCGGGUAUUGUUGCGGCCAUGCACAACAUCCUCCCCAAGCCCGAACCACCCGUUACCGCGAGCGUUAUCGCCCUGACGAAGGCAGCACCUCCUGUUGCGUCGAGUACUGAAAACACCAAGCCUGUUUCUGAGGAUCCGGCAGACGAUAUCAAAGGAUGGCCGAUCCAGGAGAAGCGGGAGAAUCCGGCUGCUCAUCGCACCUGUAUUCUAAAAGGGGUUGCAGGUAUCACCAGCAUCAACCAAUUGCAAGCCCUUGUGUGGGGUGGCAAACUCGAGUCUAUCUCCUUGCCAGAACCUGGCUCUUCCAAUGCCCUCGUCAAGUUCCUCACGCCUGAAGCAUGCGAGAAGUAUCACAAGGCGACUGCAAAUGGCAUCGAAAUCGUUGGCGACAUCAAGAAGGCGGUUGUGUUCGUGGAGAAGGCCGAGGGUCCGAACUCCAUCAACGAUGUCAUUCGUAACUGCAUUGACGGCGACGCAUCACGCUGUGUGCGAGCUAUUGGUGCAGACGAAGAUAGCGAUGCAGUACUCAUGAAGCUGGCUCGAGGCAGAGGCGUUAACAAGCGCGAUGUCGACCGCAUCAAGAGCGGAAAGACUGCACGUGGUCAUUCGUAUGUGGAGUUCCGCUUCUCAAACAUCUACCACGCCCUCAAUUUCAAGCGCGAGCUCAUGCACAACGACGACUGGGAGCACUGCAGCAUCGGUUAUGCACCUGAUCCGUGUGAGUUGGCCAACGGUGUUCACUACAAGGAUAAGGACGAGGAAUAG